CGAAGCGCGAGCGGCGCGAGCCGUCCAACUGCCGCCACCGGAGCCUCCAGAGCAACGGUGGUGUGCAAAGUGACAACGCUCAAAGUGCGAAAAGAACAAUGAUGCCUACAACUACAUCUGGCACCAACUUGGAUGAGGUCUCUGUAAAGAUGAAGGAAAGAAAGAAUGGCAUUUUAAAAAAGACAAAAUACAAUGCUUCCCUGGUAUCCAAGAUUAAAACCAAGAUCCUAAACAAUUCCUCUAUAAUGAAGGUUUCGUUGAAAAAUAAUAACAAAGAUUUGGCUUUGGCCCUUGCUGAAGAGAAGACAAAAUAUAGAAAAGCUGAACAAGAUAAAAUGAAUCUUCAAAAAGAAAUUAAUGUUCAAAAUUAUGACAUAUCUAUCCUCCGUCAAAAACUCAGCUCUCAGAAUGCUAAAAUUUGUGCUCUGAAAGAAAUCUUGAUGAAAACAAAUAGCCUUUUUACGGAUGCUGCUAGCCACCUGACAACUGCUAUCAAUUCCUGCGUGGAGGACCUUGAAGAACGUUGCUGUUCAACGACAUCAUCCCAACGAAUUAGCUACGACUUGGAAGUAAUAGACGAUGAUAUGCCACUUAGAGUUCCACUAAAGCUCACUAAUAAAGAAAGAAUUUGGGCCACUGGGACUGAAUCGUCGAAAAGAGUCGUAGAAAUUCCAGGAGAGAGUACUGUAUCUUCAUCUGAAAUAUGGAAACGUCAAUCCAGCCAAUCUGAUGUCCAUUAUCAUGAACGUGUUUCUUUAAGUGACUUAAAUUUCAUGGAGAUAGAGCAAACUGAGCUUGGACAAACUGUUGGAGAGACCAUUUCAAAUCCUCCAAGACUUGCUCAAGAGGCUAGAACAUCUACGAGAAGCAGUUUGCAUAUAGCAUCAGCAUCAAUGGCUGAGCAAGUGGAAGAGGCACAAGUAAUUGGAGCCGUGCUUUCAAGUGACAAUGUUACCUUAAGAAAAACAUCUUCAUUCUCCCGGAUGGAAGCAUCUAAAAACUCUAUUGAAAUAAUUAAUAAAAGCAUAUCCCAGACAAGAGCAUCUUUUUCACAUUGUUCUGUGACCAAGGAGGUUUGUGAUCAGUUUAGUAGAACCCAAUUGGCUGAGGCACAAGCUGAGAUACCUCCAAUGCAUUAUUCCAAUCAGCUUUCUGAUCUGAAAUCAGAACAGAAACGUGGUGCGCAAAUGCUGACUGAGAAAUUACAACCAAAUAAGUAUGAAGAAACUGUCUUUGAUGCAGACAUGGAUCUAACUGCUAAUGAAGUGGUAGAUAUUGUCGUCGUCGCAACUAAAUCUACAAAAAGGAAAACUGAGGGAGUUGAUGUGGAAAUGACAGAAACAUGCUCAGAGACUGCGGAUGCACUGAGAAAAGUAAAAUGUAAGAAGGCUAAGAAAAAGAAUUGUGAUAGUGCUAAGACGAAAUUCCAUACUGAAUCUCGGCGGAAUAAAGGGAGAAUAAGUUCCCAAACUAAUUGUCCAGUGUUUGACAAUGGAUUUCUGGAUGAUUGUGAACAGAUCCCUUUUGGUAUUCAAAAGGAUGACCUGCUGGAUUGGAGGUUGCAUGAAAAUGAGUACAGUCAUAAACAAAGUCAGAUUUCAAAUCCUUCAGAAAAAGACGUUUGUGAUAUGAAAAAAGUUGAGCAAACAACAGUUGUGCAGAAUCCAAUUGCACAGAAAGAAGUUGAAAUGCAGUGUGAAAUGGAAAUAAUUGAUCAUCUAGAUGGUGUUUCCAAUAAUUCAAAAGAUAAUCUGAAGAAAAGGGUUGAUCGAAGGACAUUUGUGGUGCUGAAUGGAGAUGAUGUUACAGGAAGUUCAUCUUGUGGAGAACAGUGUGACAUGGCAAUGGAUGAACAUAAAGAUGGUUUAGAAAAACACCAUAGAACUGUAAGUGCUUCACAAGAUAAUAGCAAUACAAAGAAAAAGGAUGGUAUUGUGUCUAAAGGACACAAAAGGAUUAAAAAUAGUUCAUGUAUUCCAAUUUUAACAAAGAAAACUGAAAAGCAGUAUGAAAUGGAGGUAGCUCAUCUAGUUAGUCUAGGAGAGAGCAAUAUUUUAGUUGAUUCACACAAUAAUCUGAAGCAAACAGAUAGCCGAAGGACUUUUGUGGUGCAUGAUGGACAUAUUGGUGUUGCCGGAAUUUCAUCCAGUGAAGAACUGCAUAACGUGGCAGUGAAUGAACAUGUAGGAAGCCUAGAAGAGAACAAUGCUUCACAACAUAACAUAAACUCGAAGAAAAAAGAUGACCGGACAGUUACAGUGCCUAGAAGGUAUAAGAAUAUUAAGAGUUUGUGUAUUCCAAUUUUGAAGCAGAAAGAUGAAUUGCAUCAUCAUCUAGAUAGUCCAGAAGAGGGCAAUGGUAUUUCAAAUGCUUGUCAACAUAUUCUGAUAAGCAAUGUUGCCCAAAGUUCUUCAGUCGAUGAAGAACAACAUGUCACGCAGAUCGCUGAAAUGAGCAAUAGGAAUUCAAAUGUUUCACAAGGUACUGCUAACGUGAGGGAGAGGUUUAGCCGAAGAACACAUAUAGUUCCUAUAAACAAAACCGAUGAUGGUAUUGAGGGAAGCGUUGGCCGGAGAACAUUUGUGGUAAACAAGAAUACUAUAGAAAUUUCAUCCAAAUCAACUAACCAGGAGAAAGGUUGGGAUCAGUGUGACAUGGUAACAGCUCAACAUCUAGAUUGUCCACAAGAAGAUAGUGGACCUACAAAUGCACCCCAAGAAGACAUUAAUCGUAGUAAGAAAAGAACUGGCCAGAAAACAAAUGUGAUCCCUAAUGUCUGUGUGAAUAUUAAAGAAGGUUCAUCUAACCCAACUGCACAUGUGAAAAGUACAGAACAACAUGAAACGGUAAACACUGAACACCUAGAAGAUAAUCGUGUGACUUCAAAAACUUCACAAGAAACGGCUGUUGGUAUCAAAGAAAAUGGCCACAGAAUAUUUGUGACACACAUAGUAAACAAGAAUACUGAAGAAAUAUUACUUAAACGAUUUAAACAGGAAAAAGAUCAAGAGCAGUGUGAAUUUGUGAUAGCUGAACAUUUCAAUAGUCCAAAAGCAUUUAAUAAAACUUUUAAUGUUCCAUGUGAAAACAGUAACCAUACAAACGAAAAAACUGACCAAAGGAUAAUGGCAUUCUGUGAGUCUACUGCACAAGGUUCUGUACGCUCAGUUAAAUCACAGAAAAAAUCAGCGCGCAAUAAAGUGGUAAAGAAUAAACCAGCUUUGUCUGAACAGAACAGACCUAUAGAAAAAACCUGUAUGAGAAACACUUUCACUGAAUCAGUCAUAAAGACAGAAAUUCCUACUCCAGAUUUCCCAAUGAGACAGUGUCCAAGGAUUCCUGAGAGAAGCCUCCAGAGUCCAACUACCUCUGAUGCAAGCAUCAAAAAUAGUAAAGCCCUAACAGAUGUGACCAAUACAACUACUUGCAAACUCGAUUGUCAGUUGAAUCUUAAUGACACAAAGCCAGCCCUCCUUACAUGUUCACGGAGCAGACGUCAAGCUGCUUCUGUUGUCAGCUACAAAGAACCAAAACUCAACAAUAAACUACGUCGAGGUGAUCAGUUUACAGACUCAGACUUUCUGAGAUCCCCUGUGUUUAAACGUGGAAGAAAGAAAAGUAAAUGUUCUAGUGCACCAAAAGUACACGAUUAAUUGUUUGGGAUAGACGAAGGAUUUGAUUUUUCUAUUUGCGUUGACACUAAUAUUGUGUUUUUUUAGUUAUCAAUAGAAUAUAUUUCAAUCAGUUUGGUUAUUAGGUUUGGCUUAAGUACUUUUAGGUACAAUAUUAAUUUUCACAAGGUAGCCUGUAAUAUGUUCUGUUUCCAAUGCAGCACCGAUCACGUGUAGUUUUGGCACAUGUGUUUUCAAUUUCUCUGGAUAUUAAAGUUGGCGAUGGCUAAAGCUGUA